AUGAGGAGAGAGGAGCAAGUUUACAAGAGAGGAGUUUUUAUGUGUGAAUUCGCGUCAACCUCCACUCUUCGACAAUUUGAGGUUGUUCUCUGUGGCGGUUCACUGUUUGUGAAUGCACAUUGGAUGGCGGAAUUAUCACCAUACUUCAACAGGAUUUGCUUCGAUCAAAAUUUUACGGAAGCACGUGAAGGAUGUGUACAUAUCAAGGAUGUUGACUAUGCUGAUGUGGUCGCAAUGUUGGAGUAUAUUUGCCCCGAUGCUAAUUAUUUGCGACAAAAACGUAUUGGAGACACAAAUCUCGCUGCACUGAUCCAUUGCUCACACCGGUUCCAGAUCCCAUCGCUUCAACGAGAAUUAUAUCAAUACUUGGAAAAUGAAAUGCCAUCCGAGGAUUGCAAACUUAAACCGGAAACGCUUGCCGAUGCUAUCGCUGAAGCGCUUAAUGCUCAUUUUAGUCCGAAAUUCAUAGCUCACAUGUACAAAAAAUUUGGAGAACAUGGACUUGAUAAAAUGCAGGAAGCGUUGAAAAAUAUGCCAAAUCCUUUAGCGGAAACAAUUUUGAGUGAAGCUCGAAAGUAUACGCCUGUAAUCACUCAAGAGCCAAUAUCGUCCACAUAUCAUUGGAAUGAUUUUUCCAGACGAAUGUUUUUCUAG